CGAGCUAAUGCUGACUUUGACAGCUACUCACAAGCGGCACUACAAAAAUCGAGGCCAUGUUAAAAGGAUUUAAUUCGAUUGACGAUAUCCUAGUCUACUGGGAAAUCUGUGAAAAAACGUAUCUCCGAUCCUCACAUGGACAAGGGUAUCAAGACCUCCUGGAGCCCUUAGCCAAGCUCUAUUCACAUAUUAUUGAAUAUCAGGCACGCGUCAUAUGCCAUCUCUCGAGAGCUCAGCUCUCUCGCGCAUGGCAGAACGUGGAUGGCUGGAACGAUUGGGAUGGAAAAGCAGCAGAGAUCGAUGGUUUAAGCAAACAGUGCAGCAGCUGCAUCCCACCUCUCGAAGCAGAGGAAAUUCGGAAGAACAGGGAUAGUCAACUACGAGAGAUGCAAGAAUCGCGGACGAUCCUUGAUGAAAUUCGGACAAUUCUAGAAGCGGGUAAUAAACAUACCCAAAGGAGUUAUGAAGACCAGAAAGAGCGAGACCUUCUUCAAGAUCUCGCAUCCGACUAUGAAGAUUACAAAGACUUUAACCCAGUAAGGGUCCAAGGCACAUGCGAAUGGUUCUUCAAGGACGACAGAUUCCGUAAAUGGCGGGACAGCAACACUUCUAGCCUCCUCUGGGUGUCUGCUGGUCCUGGCUGUGGAAAGUCAGUUUUGUCGCGGGCUCUGGUCGAUGAGCGGCGACUGUCUACGAACGUCACGACAUCAGCCGUCUGCUAUUUCUUUUUCAAGGACGGGGAUGAACGCCGCAUGUAUGCCACUAAUGCUUUGUGCGCAAUACUCCACCAGGUUUUUACACAUGGUCCUGCGAGUGGCCUGAUCGGGCAUGCACUUCCCAGUCAUAAGAACUACGGCAAAGAUCUAGCCCAAAAUUUUUCUGAGCUGUGGCGAAUCCUUGUGGACUGUGCCAACUCACCAGAUGCUGGAGAAAUUGUUUGCGUCCUUGAUGCCCUGGACGAAUGCAAUGCGGAUGGCAGGCGGCAAUUGAUCGAAAAGCUGAAGGGGUUCUAUUGCCAACCCCGACGUCCAUCUAAUGCGCUCUCAAAGCUUAAGUUCCUGAUCACUAGUCGCCCAUACGAUGACCUGGAGGUAUCUUUCAAAAAACUCUCUGAUACAACCGCAUAUUUGCGUUUUGACGGCGAUGAAAAGUCGGGCCAGAUUAGCAACGAGAUUAAUCUAGUUAUUGAUGACAGAAUGGAUGAAAUUGCACGUGAUUUCGAGGAGAGCGACCGUCGAAUGAUUUCUAAACAACUGAAGAAUAUGGAACACCGCACAUACCUCUGGCUACACCUCGCAUUUGAUAUUAUUAAGCAGAACCCGAGUGAAUAUGGCAGGCGGCCUGACGUGGAAGCACUUCUAUCUAGUCUUCCCGUUGAGGUAUCUGAAGCCUAUGAAAAGAUCCUGGACCGAAGCAAAGACCCUAUUCAUACAGAGAUUCUCCUUCAGAUUGUUCUGGCUGCGGCACGGCCUCUGACUCUUGAUGAAGCUAAUGUUGCCUUAACACUAGCUUUGCAGAAGCAACCGUUUACUUCCCAUACUGCCCUGGAGUCAAAUUUGUGGCCCAGAAAGGUCUUCAAGAGCACGGUGAAAAAUCUAUGCGGUCUCUUUAUCAGCGUCCACGAAUCGAAGUUGUCGUUUAUCCACCAGACAGCAAGGGAGUUUCUCAUACAUCCUAAACAAAAUGGCAAGUGGCAAGGCCGUUUAAGUAUCUCAAAGUCGCAUACUGGGAUGUCACUAGUCUGCCUGAAAUACUUGUCGUAUCUGGGUGAGCAGAGUACAGGCAGGGAUUUCAUGGCAAGAUUUCCGAUGGCCCAGUACUCCGCGCGGUAUUGGAUGGAUCAUGCAAGGCCUUCAGAGACUGAGAAGGAAGUACAGGAAAUCAUCUUGAACUUCUUUCUCCAGCAAAGGCAAGCGUACGCAGUCUGGGGUACACUGUUUGACCCGGAUCAGCCUUGGGAUAAAGAGCCGCGGUGGAAUAGAAAGAUAGCGACUCCAUUGUACUAUGCAUCUUUAGAAGGUCUCCAACAUACAGUAGAACUACUGUUAGAGAGAGGAGCCGAUGUCAAUGCGCAGGGCGGGUAUUAUGGUCAUGCUCUCCAGGCUGCUUCUAAACAAGGCCACAAGGAGAUUGUACAGAUCCUGUUGGAGAAAGGAGCCGAUGUCAAUGCACAGGGCUGGGAUUGCAGCAACGCUCUCCAGGCUGCUUCUGCUGGAGGCCACAAGGAGAUUGUACAGAUCCUGUUAGAGACAGGAGCUGAUGUCCGUGCACAUGGCGGGGGUUAUUAUGGUCAUGCUCUCCAGGCUGCUUCUGCACAGGGCCACGAGGAGAUUGUACAGAUCCUGUUAGAGAAAGGAGCUGAUGUCCAUGUACAGGGGCGGGUAUUACGGCAAUGCUCUCCAGGCUGCUUCUGCACAAGGCCACAAGGAGAUUGUACAGAUCCUGUUAGAGAAAGGAGCUGAUGUCCAUGCACAGGGCGGGGAUUGCGGCAAUGCUCUCCAGGCUGCUUCUGCAGGAGGCCACAAGGAGAUUGUACAGAUCCUGUUAGAGAAAGAAGCCGAUAUCCAUGUACAGGGCGGGUAUUACGGCAAUGCUCUCCAGGCUGCUUCUGCACAAGGCCACAAGGAGAUUGUACAGAUCCUGUUAGAGA